AUGUCAAUAUUAACUACACAGGAAACCUCAAAUAGCAGCACAUCAAUGACCUCCACUUUCCUCUUAGUGGGCCUGCCUGGCCUGGAAGCUGCACCAUCCUUGUGGACAAUUCCUCUCAUCACUGUCUACCUUCUCUCUGCCCUGGGCAAUGGUACAAUUCUCUGGAUCAUUGCACUGGAGCCCACGCUACAUCGCCCAAUGUACUUCUUCCUUUUCUUGCUUAGUGUGUCUGAUGUUGGCUUGACCACAGUACUAAUGCCUACCCUGCUAGGUCUGGCCUUUGCUGAUACUCAUGCUGUCCCUGCCUCAGCCUGCCUCCUACAGAUGUUCUUUGUCCAUGUCUUUUCUGUUAUGGAGUCCUCUGUCUUGCUUGCCAUGGCAUUUGAUCGGGCUUUGGCUAUCUGCCGCCCUCUCCACUACCCAGCACUCCUCACCAAUGGUGUCAUUAGCAAGAUUGGCAUGGCCAUUGCUUUCCGAUGUCUGAGUCUCCAUCUGCCCCUUCCGUUCCUAUUGGCUCACAUGCCAUAUUGCCAUCCACAGGUCCUGACACAUUCUUAUUGCUUGCACCCAGAUAUGGCUCGCCUAGCCUGCCCAGGAGCGUGGGGUGCAGUCUACAGCCUGGUUGUGGUACUGUCUGCUAUGGCACUAGACCCUCUGCUUAUUUUCUUCUCCUAUGGCCUGAGCAGAGUAUUGCAAGGUGUGGGGUCUACUGAGGAUCGUUGGAAGGCUGGUCAAACAUGUGCUGCCCACCUCUCUGCUGUGCUCCUCUUCUACAUACCCAUGAUUCUUUUGGCACUCAUUGACCGAUUCAAGCUGCCACUCCCUCAGCCUGCCCAUACUCUUCUCUCCUAUGUCCACUUCCUGCUACCUCCACUGAUAAACCCAGUUCUCUACAGUGUCAAGAUGAAGGAGAUUAGAGAAAAAAUUCUCAAAAGGGUACUGCCCAAGAAAGUUGGCUGUGCUCAGUGA